AUGUCGUCGAGGGUGAUGUGGGAGACCCACAUCAAGAACCUGGAUGGACUGCUUGCGCUCGAGGCGUUGAACUUCUUUUGCUCGACAUGGAUGGUUGGGCCGCCGGCGCGGCCAUGGCCAGGGGAAGAACAGGGAGGAGGCACGGGUGGGGCAGAGCCAGGAGGCCGCGUCCACAGCGAGUCCAGAUGCUCGUUGGGGGAAGCGCCGGAGGAGGAGCGUCGGGGAGGAGUGGUUCGGUGUGGGGGGCUGGAGCAGCGCCGGCCCACAGUGGUCGGGAUGUGCGACGUGGGCAGUGCGGCGGCGCGCUGGGAGAAGAGGACACGAUGUGCCGCGAGACGGGACGGCGGCGUGCUGGAAGGCUGGGAGGUAGCGCACCGUGGGCCGGGGAGGUGGUGGCGGCAUGAGAUUGUGCUCGGGUUAGGAUCCGGGCUUCUCUACCUACACCAGGAGUGGGAGCAGUGCGUCCUACACAGGGACAUCAAGCCAAGCAACGUUAUGCUGGAUGCGUCCUUCAACGCCAAGCUUGGUGGCUUUGCUCUCGCCAGGCUCGUCGAACACGGCCGAGGUUCGCUCACGACGGCGCUCGUCGGCACAAUGGGAUACAUGGAUCCAGAAUGUAUGACCACCGGCAGGACCAACACCGAGUCAGACGUUUACAGCUUCGGCGUCGUCCUCCUCGAGAUUGCCUGUGGAAGACGGCCCGUCGUGGUGCUUCAAGAAGAAGAAGAUGAUGCAUGGUCGUCUUGA